CUAUCAUCAUCAGUAAAAAAAGCAUUUUCAAUCUCAUUACCGUAGGACCUCAGAAUGCGAUUAAAAAUUGUGUUUUUACUUGUAAGUGAAGAUUAAAAUACGGUUUUUCUCUUCAGAGAUUGAAGCAUCAUAAAUCUGAUCCCAGAGGUCGGCGGUCCCAGCGGCGCGGAGGUCGGAGACUAGUAGUCCGGAGAGGUUAUGUGAAGGGUUCUUAAAGUUUAAAAUCAGCGUCGUCCCCCGGAGAGGGCUCUCUUGAGAGUACCAAUUAAUACUGAAUUGGAUAUGUUAUACUCCUACAAGUGCUGCUGUAAUCUCCCCUCCCUGCAACUCGACGGUGCCAAGUGUUUAUCGGAGUCCCGGCAAGUGCUUUCUAUCGAUUUUACUUCUAAGAAAUCAAAGAAGCAACACUUUGUGGUAAAUCUGUCUAGGGAAUCUAAUCAAAAUAAUGGGGUUAGCUCAAAAUUGAAUCUUGCUGGUUCAAGUUUGUUGGACAAGAUCGAAGCAAAGUGUCCGGCGAAAUUCUCUUCCUAUGGAGGUUGCAUUCCCUCGAUAUUACAGGCCUUAGAAGAUGUGAAGGAUAUUGACGAGGCUUUGAAGCCAUGGGAACGGAACCUUAACAACAAGGAGAGAACUAUAAUCCUCAAGGAACAAACUAAUUGGCAAAGGGCAUGGGAAAUAUUCAACUGGUUUAAAAGUAAGGGUUGCUAUGAGCUCAAUGUGAUCCACUACAACAUCGUGCUUCGAUCCCUUGGCAUGGCCCAAAAAUGGAGUCUCUUGUGGUCUCUCUGGAACGAGAUGCAGUGUGAAGGAAUCAUACCCACCAAUGCAACUUAUGGAACAUUGAUUAAUGCUUAUAGCAGAGGCGGUCUGAAAAGAGAAGCCCUAAUGUGGCUUGGUGAGAUGUACAAGCAAGGGGUGAAACCGGAUGAGGUGACAAUGGGGACUGUUGUUCAAGCCUACAAGAAGGCCGGGGAGUUCUGCAGGGCGGAAGAUUUCUUCAAGAGGUGGUCAAUGGCCAUGGGUUAUGCUACUCAAGCCCAGAAUAGUUAUGGCUUAUACACAUAUAACACACUGAUUGAUACUUAUGGGAAGGCAGGUCUUCUUAGAGAAGCUUCAGACACAUUUGCUCAGAUGCUAAGCCAAGGUAUUGUUCCUGACACUGUUACAUUCAAUACAAUGAUUCAUAUAUGCGGAAGCCAUGAAAGGUUCGAAGAAGUUCUUUCUUUGGUGAAAAUGAUGGAAGAGGUGCGGUGCUAUCCUGAUACAAGAACGUAUAACAUACUCAUUUCAUUGUAUGUGAAACAUGACAAUAUUGCUCAAGCAAUUGAUUAUUUCAAAAAGAUGAAGGAGGCUGAUCUGGUUCCAGAUAUAGUGAGUUACAGAACGCUUCUUUAUGCAUUAUCUGUAAGGUGCAUGGUUGAGGAGGUUGAAUCCCUUGUCAUGGAAAUGGAGAUCAAUGAGCUUGAGAUUGAUGAAUACACCCAAACUGCUUUGACUAGAAUGUAUGUAAAACUAGGAAAACUUGAACAAUCUUGGACUUGGUUUGAAAAAUUCCUUGAUAAGAUGAGCUCAGAAUGCUUUGCUGCUAAUAUUGAUGCCUUUGGAGAGCUGGGAAUGGUGUUUCUUUCUGAAAAGGCAUUCUCCUCCUGUGCAGAGAGAAGAAAGCUUAGUGUGGUUGUGUUCAAUGUGAUGAUUAAAGCAUAUGGUGUAAGGAAAGAAUAUGAUAAAGCUUGUGACUUAUUUAACAUUAUGGAUGAUUAUGGUAUAUUGCCAGAUAAAUGUACCUAUGGCUCCAUUAUACAGUUGCUGUCUGAUGCUGAACUUCCACACAAAGCAGCAAUUUUUGUAAGAAGAAUGCAGGAGGCUGACCUGGUAAGGGACUGCGUACCUUAUUCUAUGGUGAUAAGUAGCUUUACUAAACUUGGCGAAGUCAGAAAGGCGGAAGAUUUGUUUAAAGAAAUGAUUAAGUUUGGUUUGCAGCCUGAUAUUAUCAUCUUCUCCGUUUUGAUAAAUGCUUUUGCUGAAGUUGGGAGUGCUCAGGAGGCUGUUACUUAUCUUGAAUUGAUGAAGAGUGUUGGUUUGGUUCCUAACUCCAUCAUCUGCAAUUCAUUAAUCAAACUUUACACAAAGAUUGGAUUUCUACGAGAAGCGGAAGAGAUCUAUGAGUUAGCGAAGUCUUGUGCGGGAGGUCCUCACCAGUACUCUUCAAAUUGUAUGAUUCAUCUUUACUGUGACAAUGCAAUGGUUGAGGAAGCUGAGGAAACCUUCCAUUACUUAAAACUCAGUGGAGAAACAAAUGAGUUCUCAUACGCGAUGAUGUUAUGCCUAUAUAAGAAAAUGGGGAGAUUUGAUGAAGCUUAUAAAGUUGCUCAAGAGAUGCAUGAUUUAGGUUUCAUUUCUGAUGCGCUUAGCUACAAUAAUUUGAUUGGUUUUUAUGCUGCGGAUGGACGAAUGAAGGAAGCUCUAAAAACAUUUCAACAAAUGUUGGCUAAAGGUAUAAAGCCUGAUGAUGCAAUUUUCAGGUCUCUUGGUAUUAUUAUGCUUAAGAGGGGAGCUUCGAAGGAAGCAAUUAAGCGUUUAAAAAAGGUUAGAGAAAGAGAUGCUUUGGGUGGGUUACAGGAAUGGGUGAAGGCUAUGUGCUCCAUGGUUAUGUUGGAUGAGACCUUCAAUGGACAUAAUGUUGAGGAAAAGGGACAACGCAAAGGAGAUUUUUCCAUUGCCAAUUUUUACGAAGGAAUUGGGUCCUAUAGGGAAUCAAUGUACUUGAAACAAUAUUCAUGUGGGUGAAAAGCUUCUAACUUUUGAAAUUAGUUUUGUUAUUGAUUUUGGAGGAGUUGUAAGUAUACUGUGGUAGUGAGCUGUGCAUUAAAAUAUCUAUUACAUCGUUUUGGGGGCAAAAUCAUUUUUUUUUUAAUUCUAUUGCUGAAGAAAAAGGGAAGUUCCUAUCAUCACUUUGGAAACUCAUUAAAUUGGGAGAACACAUCAUGAUGAAAAUACAAUGAAGAAGAUGUUAUUUUUUGGUUUAUUAUGCAGGGAAAACCGUGAGCUGGAAUUUCAACAAAAUCAUAGUAGUUGCGGUUAUGGAAUUCAUAAGCUCACUUGUGCUUUAGGAGAGUAAUUUGAGAAUUGAUUGAUUCCAAGGUUCCAACACUAAGGUACAUUUCAUUUCUUAAUAUUUUUUAGAGAUAAUUACAUACAAACCACCCUAAAGAUUGAUAUUGACAAAUUAACCAACCAGGUGAUUUUUUUGAACUAGCAAAUCA